UUGAAAAUCCCCUUUGUGUCAUUUCCUGUGAGAUAAGUCUGAAGAACCAACUCACGCAUGCAGCCUGUCUGCGCACAGCAGCCUGGCAUCGCUCACCAGGCAAGUGACACCUGUCUGACAUAAUGCUGGGAGGGUGACGAACAUCGCAGGGGACACUCUGCUGCUUUUAUAGUUAAAAGCGGAGCAGAAAAUGCUUUAAUGCUGAGAGAAGGCUGGGCAGUCUCCUCAGAGAGAACACAGCUAAUCUGCUAUGCUCUAGGCAAAGGAUCGAGAUGAUUGCAUGUUCUUCCUUAAUGCUUGUGUUUUGUUGUCGCUAAUCUUUCCCUCCCUGAAGCUGAUGCCUGUGGGACACGGCUGGGAAGACAGGAUCAUCAGACUUAAAGGAGCAUAAAUACUUGCUAAAAUGGCGCUGGCCGGUUCAAUUUCCAGCAAAGCAGCACCACCGCACUCCAGAAAAGUUUCUGCAGCAGGAGUGGAAGUGCACCAGAGCAAGAUGGAUUUUUUCUGCAAGCUGGGCUAUGGUAAGCAGGACAUCUGCAAAGUGCUGGAGAACCUGGGCCAAGAGGCCCUGGAGGAUGAUGUGCUGAAGGAGCUGAUUCGGAUGGGGAGCAAACCUCAGGCUCCAGAGGACCAGGCUCAGCCUUCCCCGCUGAAGCUGGUAGCCCGUGGGUCGUGCAGCACCUCCCCAGGGCUGAAGUGGCCUGGAGAAGAUGAAAGUGAUUCUUCUGACUCCCUGAGGCCCAUUGUGAUCGAUGGCAGCAAUGUUGCCAUGAGUCAUGGAAACAAGGAGGUGUUCUCCUGCUGGGGCAUCCAGCUGGCGGUGGAUUGGUUCCGAGAGAGGGGGCACACUGACAUCAAGGUUUUUGUCCCACUCUGGAGGAAGGAACCCCCUCGACAAGAGAGCCCCAUUGCAGAUCAGCACAUCCUUGAGGAGUUGGAGAAGCAAUCCAUCCUGGUGUACACCCCCUCCAGGAAGGUGAAGGGCAAGCGGGUGGUUUGCUACGACGAUCGCUACAUAGUGAAAGUCGCUUACCAGAGCGACGGAGUCAUUGUUUCCAACGACCACUACCGGGACCUCCAGAAUGAAAACCCCGAGUGGAAAUGGUUCAUUGAGCAGCGACUGCUCAUGUACUCCUUUGUCAGUAACAGGUUUAUGCCUCCUGACGAUCCAUUAGGCCGGCACGGACCCACCUUAAGUAACUUCCUCAGCAAAAAGCCAGUGCUUCCUGAGAAAAAAUGGCAGCCUUGCCCUUAUGGUAAAAAAUGCACCUAUGGCAACAAAUGCAAAUUUUACCACCCAGAGAGACAACAUCAAGCUCAGCUUUCGGUUGCUGAUGAGCUCAGGGCCAAAACAAAGGUCCCGUUACCCCAGGGGAAGGAGGAGGAGAGGUGUCAGUGCUCCCCUUGUGACGCCUGCACAGAAACUCUGCGGGAAGCCCGAGGCUGCUCGGGGCCCUCCCGCUGCCCAGGCCGGUCCCAGGGGGGCUGCUCGGAGCAGACAUCCCGUGCCUGGCCCAGCAGCGCCGGCUCUGACCUGCGGAGGGACCCGCGCCUGCCGCAGCCAGAGCCGCUGCUGGAGAAGAUGUCAGCGGUGUCCAUCCGUGCGGACACCUACGGCCGCAGCUGGUCCCGCUGCACCUCUCGGGACAGGGGCGUCACGGACAGCCCCCAGCCCCGCUCCGACCUCAGGCACAAGCUGCUCUCACUUCAUCCCCCUCGGGGCUUGGAGCGCCCCGGCUCUCCCGGGUGCCCUUUCCAGCGAGGAGCGCUCCCGGCCGUGCCCGGCGGGACGUGCCCGGAGCGCGGCUGGGCUCAGGAGCGCCCGGGCGUGCCCGGAGCGGGACACGGGAGCCGCUGCUUCCCUCGCGGUGCUCAGCACGAACAGGCCCUGGAGAGCCAGCAGCCUCUGCUGCGGCAGUGCCCGGCUCUGUGCCCUGCCCGGCUGCCCCCGUACGGCGAGCCCCAUUCCCAUCCCCGUGCUCAGCCCCGUCCCCACGCCCAGCUCCAGCAGCGCUGUGUGCCCGGCCAGCCCCCGGGGCAGCCCGCCCAGCUGGAGCCCAGCGACGGAACGGGAUUAUUCCAGAACGCCCAUGCCUACCCCAGUGCCGCCUACAGGGACUACUGGCACACCCCAGCUGCAAAUCCACCCUCUGCCCAGCAAAUAAACAUACACAGGGAGCUGUGCUCCCCUUAUCCGUACAGUGGGAUGAGCCAGGUGAUGACUCUGUACCCCAGUAUCCAGGAUAAGGGCACUGGAGCACCUCCCCUGUGAAGACAGGCUCAGAAGUUGGGGCUGUUCAGCCUGGAGAAGUUUGCAUGGAGACCUCAUAGAAACCUUCCAGCGUCUGAAGAGAGCCUACAAGGAAGCCAGAGAGGGACUCUUAAUCAGGAACUCCAGUGACAGCACACAGGGGGAUGGCUUCAAACUGAGAUGGGGUAGGUUUAGAUUAGAUUUGAGGAUGAAAUCCUUAAUUGGGUGGGUGGUGAGACACUAGAACAGGUUGGCCAGAAAAGUUGUGGAUGCCCCAUGCCUGGAAGUGUUUAAGGCCAGGUUGGAUGGGGCUCUGAACAGUCUGGUCUGGUGAAAGGUGAAAGGUGUCCCUGCCCAUGGCAGCAGGGAUGUUGGAACUGCAUGAUCUUUUAUGUCCCUUCCAAGUCAAACAAUUCUGUGAUUCUAUGAUCUUGCCUGCUGGACUUUAAUGUUGAAAGUCCAUUCAAAUUUGUGAAACAUCCAGAGCAAACCAUUCCCAAUCAGCACAAGUCUCAGGGCAAGAAGAUGCUGAGGCUUAACUAACUGAGGCUUAUCUGAGUCUUAACUAACUGUUUUUAGAGGGUGUUAUGGCAAGGAUUACAGCUGCUCCAGGAAUACAAAUACAAGCAUCAAGUCAAGGCAAAGGCAGUCACCCACAGCAGUGGGAUUGCAUUCCACCUCCCCUGAAAGAGAACAGGAGGGCUCAGGGUUUCUGGGCUGCCAGCAUUUGAACCUCACUGGUGCCUGGAUUGACAAUGGCACAGAUUUUCAUUAACACCCUGAAACACUAGAUGUGAUUUUAGAGUCCAACCGAUGGUUCAACUUCUGUAAAAGAACCGUGCUUGCUCAGCCAGCACAGAAGGUGGUUUGGCCUGUUCCCUAGCACAGGGCUGUGCUCCUGCUGGAAGGCAGCUCUGGGUCCCUGUCAUCACCUGAUCCAAGCCCAGCUCGCUGCCAGGGAGCUUUCAGAGCUACAUCUCGUGCUUCUAAAGCCAUGCUGAGAGCACACAGAACCCCCAGAGGGGCUGGAGGUGCACCAGAGCACCUGAAGGAAGACACAGGUACAUUUCUCAGAAAAGGGACACACAGAGCAUAAAUAAAAUCAGGGAAGUCAUCUUCAAUGUAAGUCCUGGUGUGGACUGAGGGCUUGGGGCUGGUAAUUAAAAAAAUCCAGAAGUCCAGAUGAUGCUAAAGAGAAAAAAAAUUUAAAAAGCUUGAAAGUGUCUCCUGCACAAGUGUCUCCUGCACUGAACAAGAAAUCUAUUGUUGACUUAACUCUCAAUUACCAAACGUGACCCCAUAAUGCAAUUAUACAGUAAACCAUGUUCUGUUAGGACAUGUUUGAUUUCCAGUAAGCUGUAAAGCUGCUAAUCUCUGCAUUAUUCCACCGAAAGCUUCAGGUUCAAUUCAAUUAGCAAGGUUGAUCCUGGAGGCUUUUUGGCAUUAUACCAAAGUUUAAGUAUGUCAGUAUGACAUGUUUUAAAAAUGUUUUAACACAUUAUAAAAUGUGUUUUGUAACAUCUAUAACACUUUGUCCUCAAUAAUGUCUUCAUUUUCUGGGUUUUACUUAUGUGGUGGGGUUUUUUUUUGUUGUUAUUUUGUUUAGGUUUUGGUUUUGUUUUCUUUUUUUCCCCAGUCCCAGUCAUCUUAGAAUGGAUGCUUCAACAUUCAGGUGGGAUUUGCAAGCUCUCUGACCCUACAGUAUCUCAUUUCUCUGAAGUGAGUACAGGUUAUUAGUUCCAGGCAGGAAUUAAACACAGUCCUCAAUGAGAAGCUGGAAUUCUGUUGCUUCUGCAAAGGUAGCAGUAAUUUACCCUUAGUGACAUUAUCACAUGAUGAAUUUUUUAAAAGCUGUGAUAGUUUGACCUGUUCGCCUCUGGAAACCACCACCAGCUUUUGGUUUUUUGGUGGUUUUUUUUUUAUGAUGGUGUUUGAAGAAUCUGCAGAAAAUAAAUAAACUGUGUCUAUUUAAUUUCUUAUGCCCCUAUGGUUGGCUCCAAGAAACAGCAAUUUGGAUUUUGGAGGUAUAACUUAUAUUCAUAGAACAUGACUGUAUUUUCCGUAUCUCCUAUGCAUUUUUGGAAUGGCUUACAAAUUUAUCCACUACAUAUUACAUAAGGAUUAGAAGUUCUAACAAACCAGAAGUUAAAACAAAACUAUGGAAUAAAUUCUCUGUGACAUACCUCAAAAAAUACUGGAGACAAAAUGUGAUGCCAAGUGGAAAAAUACCUUCCACCCAAACAGAGCAAGUUCCAAAUGGCAGCAUCCAGAAAACACACAUACAGCAAUGGAGCAGGAUGUAACUGUGCAUGUCAACAUUAAUUUUCAUGUCUGGCAUGCACGUUACAUAUUUCAAUACACAAAGCACUUAAAAAUCCAUGGGAAAAUUGGCACACUGCCUUUACAUGGUGCCCUUGGCUUGCUGGAGAUGUGCAUGAACUUUUCUCCUUUUCCUUUGAGGAUGCACAGGAAUUUGGUGGUUGUUCAAAGCCCUCUCAAUGUUUAAUUUUUUUCCUUUUAAUUUCUGUCAUAUUUACUGAGAAUCUUUUUGUAAAAUACAUAGAAUGUGUGCUCUGCUGAGAAAGUGUCUGAGAAAAUAAAUCAGACCUUGGUGCUAAACAGAACUUGAUUUCUCUUGGCUCUUGUGCUCAGCAGAGGGUUGUUUCUCAUGGGGAUUUUGUUGGAAGGGCAGCUCAGCAGCAGCGCUGUGUCACUGCCUGAGGAGCUCUGCUGCUGGCCGGGA